GACAAUGAAUCGUGAAACAAAGCUUCAAUCGAACAGACCAGGUAUUGGAAGAGAAGAAGCAAGACAGAAUAGGAGGAAGGAAGCUCUUAUAAGCGGAUGUAAGGCCAUGAUGAUGCCUCCUUCAUUCCGUUUGUACAACCAUCUCAAUCCCAAACAAGUGUCCACCCUAGAUCAUUUUAUCGUGAUGGAAGAGUUGAAGUUGUUUUAUUGUUGCAUACCACACGCUGGCUGCAACACAUUAAAGAAAAUUUGGGGAUUGCAUGAUGGCCGCAUCCACCAGGAGCAUGAUGAUGGAGUUGAGAAUCGACGAACACCUCGCCUGUUGAGUCAAUAUAAAACAGAGAAAGUCAAGUCGAUAUUACAGGAAUAUUCAUCUUUUAUCUUUACGAGGAAUCCGUAUUAUAGGCUACUUUCUGCGUUUUUAACAAUAUUUGAACAAAAAGGGCAAUUGUCUGAGAUUGACGAAUCAGUCAAAGAGAUAAGACGAAUCUUCACUUCAAAAAUUAAACAAGAGAAACGUCAUUCAGCGAAAGAUGACCAUUCCAACUAUUCGGUUUCUUUUCCAGAUUUUGUAGAUCAUGUUUCGAGUUCGACAAACAGGUUGUUAGGGAAAGGUGAGGACAGAUGGAGAGAGAUAUACCGUCUAUGUCAUCUCUGUGGAGUUGACUAUGGAUUCCUUGGAAAGUAUGAGACAUUUCAGGAAGAUAUCAAAAUAAUCACGAGAAGAUAUGGUUUGGAUAUAAACGUCACUAAAGUUCAGCUGGAUGAUUCUCCUCUUGAUAUCGACGUAAUGAAGAGAUACCUCCAAGAGAUUACCCCUUCCCAAAUUUCUAAGUUCUCAAAACGAUAUGUCGCAGAUACAUCCCUCUUUGGUUACACGAUUCCGAAAUCAUUAUAAAAAAUUAAAUACUCAUUACACUCUAAUUCCAAGGAUUUCAAGUAAUUUCAGAUCGACUGU